AUGAAAGUCACUCUCGGCAACCCAAACCUUCCAAAAGACGUUAUUGUGAAUGAAGUUGCUCAUUCCAAGCCUCUCUCCAUCUUCCAGGAAGACGUAUCAGAAAUUAGAAAAGCAACCAAUGUUUCCACAUCUCGUACUCCUGUGUAUGCUUUGAGCGGAAAAUCAUUGUAUCCUAAACACUACUUUGGAUUUUUACAGAAUUUGAAGCAAGUUUGGGCUCCAAGAGCCACCUCUGCCGGAUUCUGGGGUGUUACUCUCGGUUUCUGGGCAUGGUAUGCUCUUAUUCCACAAAGCAACAUGGUUUUGAGAAGAAUUUUCCUCGGAGAACAUCCAGAGGAUUAA